AUGGCAAUGAUCCGGCGUCUGUCGACAAAGCUGAAGCUGACCAAAACCACCUCCAUCGACUCGGCGGUGUUGAUGAACGACCUGCACGACGAGGUCCGCGAUCCUAGCCGAUCGGGCGGACGCCGGUAUACUGAGAUGAAAGCGCGUGGACGGAAUCAGCUGCCGCGCGGGAGACGCCCGAUGUCGGCACCGCCGCGUCGGUAUUCAGAAGACUUUCUCGAGGAUUUCGAGUACGAGAAGCAACAACCCAUAGAGCCCAACCAGCAAUUCGUCACCCGCAUCCACAUCGACCCCGAGGAUCAGCCUCAACCUUUAGAGGCGACGCACCACUCCGCGCGCUACCCCGGCAUCGAGCAGUUCAGCCUUCUAAACGCCGUGUUCGCCGUCGAGGAGACGGACAGCGGGCGGGAGAGCUUUGGUAGUCCAUCGGACCACAGCCCCCGCUCCUCGCCACAGCCCCGUCCCUACGUCUGGAGCCCGCGACACGCCACGCAACACCAGCCCGUGCGGUUGACGCACAGUUGCGUGGAGCAUCUU